AUGGUGGAGCUCGCCCGCCGCAGCGUGCUCCUCAAUCUCCUCGCGACGCCGCUCGCGCCACGGCUGGCGCCGUCCGCCCGCCUCACCCUGCCGACCGCCUCUGGCGAAGUCGGGAUGGCCGGCUGCGUCAGCUACCCCGAUUGGCUGCUCGGCACGUGGGACGUGAGCAACACGCUGCAGCGCUUCGUGAUGCCUCUCGGGUCGGCGCUGGUCGACCCGCUCACGCAGCUCAGUGCGAUGGACGACCUGCGGAGGGACGAGACGCUGCGAUAUCUGCUGCGGUGGACGCGCGACGGGACGGGCGCCUGCGUGCAGGACCGCGCCUUCAACGGGGCGCAGGAGGCCGCGGCGUUCCUCGGCGACCUCGGCUCCGUCGCCGCAUCCGUGUUUGCGACGCCUCCGGACGCGCCUCACGGGCGGCUUCGCAUCGACUUUGAGCCUGAUGGAGGCGAGCCUCAUCGCUAG